UUUUUUUAUUUUAGACAAUUUACAAAAAUGAUUUCUGAUGUAUCAACGUUUCAAUCAAUUACUUGCAAAUUAGAAUGGAAAUUGUAUGAUUUAGAUAAACAUGAACAAUUUAUGCAAAAUGGCCAAUAUUUAACGAGCAAACAAUUUUCCAAUCCAAAAUGCCCUUCUGUUAAAUGGGAAUUGCGUAUUUAUCCAAAUACUUAUCAGAAUAAUUCGGGUUAUUUUUAA